CCCCACUUACGUCAUCCGCCCCUGACGAGCUUCACGUUUUUCCCACUGUGACCUCGGACUGUCGUUGGAUCAUAUGCACGCCUCCUCCUAGCAUUAGCUUCAAUGAAAGACUGCUAGGAAAUCAUCAGAAAAACACUGUGAACACAUUGUCGGAUUUACCGCUUCUUCUAGACACUUGUGAACAGCUUAUUUUACCCGCUGUGAGAAACAUGCCCGAAAUUCAGGAGCUUUCCCCCGAUGCGGGCCCGGUGUCUACCCGGCCCCCAGAGGACGAGAUAGACGACGACGAGGAUGAAGAUCUGGAUGAGACCAUGAUGGAGAGGUUGUGGGGUCUGACGGAGAUGUUCCCUGACACAGUCCGCACCGCUGCUGAGGUUUCUGCACAAUGCUCAGUCUCACUGGCCAAGCAGUUUUACAGUUUUUCUCGCGCGGCGCUCUGGGUCGGCACUACCUCCUUCAUGAUCUUGGUGCUUCCUGUUGUGUUUGAGACGGAAAGACUACAGCUGGAGCAGCAACAGCUACAACAGCAGCGACAGAUCCUGUUGGGGCCGAACACUGGAAUGUCUGGUGGGAUGCCGGGCAUGAUGCCUCCUGCACCUGGAAAGAUGUGAGAAACAUGAAGGGCCAACAUGAACCUGAGAUCUGCUGCCAGCGAUACAGCCGGGGCCGGUCGCAAGGAGAGACAGAGAGAGCAUGGAGAAGGGCAAAGAACUGCAGUUAAAAAAAUGAAUGGGAGGCAAAAGCUGCAAAUAAACAGCAUGACAGGCUCCCUCCAAUGCACUGGAUUGACCAAUGGGAUUGGAGGAGGAGGAUGUGAUGCGUUUCUCUCUCACUGUCUCUCCUUACUCCAACAUCAUGCAGAGACUUAUUUCCAGGAGCACUGCUUCUAUUUUCUUUUUCCUUUUUUUAAACAAAUCUAUCAACAAAUAAUAAUGUUUUCUUUAGGGGAUAGCAGAUGCAAGUGGAUGCAUUGAAAGAAAAAAAGGUUAUCAAAUUGUCUGUCUUUGGUGUUUGCAGUCUGGAGAACGUUGCUUUACUCGCAGUAUGUUUGCAUUUUUGUUUUCAUCAUCAUGCGCUUGCUGGUUACACUUCUACAUGGAGAAUUGUGUUAAAAAAUAUCUGACAGACAGGUUUGAUUAAGAUUAACUUGUAUGAAUGUGACCCUGAGGCGCAUUCCUGUCUGUAUGUUUGUCACAGUUCAAAACUGUAUUAUGUUUGUCAGUGCAAUGCCUCUCACUUCACGGUUUUAUCAUACUGCACUGGUUUUAAGCAAUGGAUUGUAUAACGCAACAACACCAGAUACAAUGCUGUUUAAAAAUUCAAAGAUUUCUAUCCUUUUUCCAUUGGUCAUAUGAAAGCAGAGAUUGUCAUUAAAGAUGUGUAAUAAGGUUUGGAAAAAUCUGGUUGAAGAACUUUUGAAGCUAAAUGUCUCAGUGUUACCUUGACAUGUCCAAUCUGCAGAGAAUAUUAUUUUUUCUGUUGUCAUCCAUGUGAAUUUACAAUCUCUUACCUCUGUUUAGUAUGCAAACCCACAUCUCUGUUUGUGUUCAACAUGACUACGGUAAUUAAAACACCAAAACAAUGGAAA